AUGUCGUCGCGCGAUCGCGCCGAUCUCGCAGCCUUCACAUCCCACCAGCACGAGAUUGAGGUGACGCUCCUGGACGGACCGGAUGGCGUGGCGCUGGCGUCGUGCCACCUGGAGCGCGACCCGACGCGCCGCGAGAGUAAAGUGCGCGCCUCGAAGGGUCCCGCGACCGGUCGACGCGUGCGACUCAGGUUGCCAUGCGGCGAGGAAUCCCUUCGGGUGCCCUCGACCGUCGGCAAAACUCGCUGGCUGCGGGUGAGGAUCGGGGGUCUCGAGCUCACUGGCGCGAUAUCGCCGCCCCUUCCAGAGUCACACCGCACGGACGACCCGCCCCUCGAGCGGCAGGUUGGAACCCUGCGCGCGGACGGCGUCGCCGUGCAGCUUCGCUUCAAAACCGCUUCAAAUCGCACGGACUCGGCGACUUUGGACUCGGCGACUUUGGACUCGACGACUUUGGACUCGACGACUUUGCUCGAGUACGUCCUCCUCGACGGAGCCUUCACCGCGGAUGAACACGCCACCGACGGCAUCGAGGCGGUGGAGGCCGCGGGGGAGCAGGUGUACACGACAGCGAGGGACGUGGCGGUCAGAAACGAACCCGCCCCGCGAGUGGGUCGCAUCUCCGACAUCUGGAUGCCCCAAAAGUUCGAGCCGGGAUCCGAACACUUCGACGAGAAAGACCCCGACCGGCUCCAGUACGACCGGAGGGGAAGGGAACGCAACGAGGAACUCCUGGUGGAGAUAAGGCGCGAGACGGAAGCGUGGGAGGCGACGGGUAGGAACACCGCAUUACUCCUCAAUCACAGGCGUGAGGCGCGCAGGUGGGACCUCGCGUUGCUCCAGAACCGUAGGUCCAUGCUGAGGGAUCUCGCCAAGCUGGUGAAAGAGCAAGGACUGGACGGCGUCACCGCGGACAUGGCGGAGCGCUUGAAGGCGGCGACGACCUUCUCGAAGCGCAAAGCGAUGGACUUCGACAACGACUGCGCCGACAUUCAACCAGUCGAUGAGAGCGAUCAGGACGCGGUGAGUCUGAUCAAGGAGGACCUGUUCGAGUUCCUCGACGAGCUCGUCGAGACGAACGUCGCCGAGCUCACGCGGCUUCACGGCGAGAUCAACCGGAAAUGCAUCCGAUGCACCGAGGGUAUCAGGCGCCUGGAUCAGGAGUUGGACGAUAGGACGAGAUGGGACAACGCGGAGAGCGGGGUGGAGACCAGGGACGUGCUCGAAAACGGCGUCAGGCGCGUUGACAUGGAGAGGAUGCUGGGUCGCAUGGUCACCAAAGUGGAUGUCGACGCAAGUCUGAAGAUACCGGAUGCGGACAGGAUGAGGAUCGUUGGGGGGCACGACGUGGAGCAGUCCCGGCUGAGCGGGCACCAGGAGUACAAGGGCCAGCUCCCGAGCUCUUGCUACGUUCCUCGCCCCCGCGUCAAGGAGGAUCUCCCCCAGGGUGCAGAGCAGUACGAACGCAAACUAGCUCGCGGCAUGGCCCCUAAAUGA